AUGAAGGACCGCCUGGCGCAGCUGAAGGAGAAAAGUGAUGGAGGAGGAGAUGACGUUGUGGUUCCGGUGGAGAACCAGGAGUUCAUGGAUGAUUUCUUUGCCCAGAUUGAGGACAUCCGCAGCAGCAUCGACAAGAUUGACGAAAGCGUGACAGAAAUUAAGAAACUGUAUUCUACCAUCCUGUCUGCCCCCACGUCUGACCCGAAGACUCAAGACGAGCUGGAGCUGCUCACCAACGAGAUCAAGAAGUCUGCCAACAACGCGCGGAACAAGCUGAAGAGCAUUGAGCGCCAGCUGGAGUCCAAUACUGACGAGAGAGCCUCAGCUGACCUCAGGAUACGCAAGUCUCAGCACGCCAUCUUGGCCAAGAAGUUCGUGGAGGUGAUGACGAAGUACAACGAGGCUCAGGUUGAUUUCAGAGACAAGAGCAAAGGAAGGAUCGCCAGACAGCUGGAGAUCACUGGAAAAAACACAACUGAUGAGGAGCUGGAGGAGAUGCUGGAGGGCGGAAAUGCAGCUGUCUUCACUGCUGGGAUAACGGAGUCCAAGAUCAACCAGCAGGCUCUGAACGAGAUCGAGGCGCGGCACAAAGACAUCAUGAGGCUGGAGAGCAGCAUCAAGGAGCUCCACGACAUGUUCGUUGACAUUGCGAUGCUGGUCGAGAACCAGGGUGGCAUGAUUGACAGAAUUGAGAGCAACAUGGACCAAUCGGUGGGCUUCGUGGAGAGGGCGGUGGCUGACACCAAGAAGGCGGCCAAGUUCCAGCAGGAGGCGCGCAGGAAGCAAAUGAUGAUCUUCUGCUGCUGUGUGAUUUUGGUCGUCAUCCUUGGCUCCUUCGUCUACAGUUUCAUCAAAUAG